ACUCCUUUUACGUCGUGAGCUGGUCUUUUACAUUGAUGUGAGCUUUGGUUUUUUUCCAGGAGCUUCCUUUCGUUCUUUGGCGGAGCAAAGAUCUCGGCGGAAGUGUGAAGCGCUCUUCCAGCCGCUGAGAAUGGUUUCGCUCUUCGUCAUUGCGGCUUCGCUGCUCUGGAGUCACUGGUACAUCGACUUUGCACAGGGAUGCAUUGCUGCCGAGAAGGAUGCCCUGCUCAAAGUCAAGGCGCAGAUCACGGAGGACCCAACAAUGUGUCUGGUUUCAUGGAGGGCUUCUUCGGCGGACUGUUGCAAGUGGUCCAGGGUAACUUGUGACCCCGACACCGGUCACAUUGUCGAGCUCUACCUCCGGAAUUGCUUCUUCAAGGGGACCAUCUCCAGCUCCGUUGGGAAGCUCACAAAGCUCAAGUCACUCAACGUAUACUUCAGCAAGCUCAACGGGAGCUUGCCCGCCGAGAUUGGGAGCCUCGAGCGGCUGGAAGUUUUGGAGCUCCAGAUUAAUCAGCUGGACGGGGAGAUACCAUCUUCGAUAGGACGUCUUUCGAGGCUGAGAGUGCUGGAUCUCUCCGACAACCGCUUCACCGGCAGCCUCCCGGCAUCCAUUGGCAACUUGAAAGCUUUGGAACACUUUCGAGUUUACGGGAACUCUCUCAAGGGGACUCUCCCCGAGUCCCUGGGUGGACUUACCGCGCUGGAGACGUUCGAGGCUUACGACAACCAGUUCAGAGGUGGCAUUCCGAGCUCUAUAGGGAAUCUCACCAAGCUCCGAAUCCUCAACCUCUACAGCAACCAGCUCAAUGGAAUUCUGCCGUCGACUAUAGGUGCCUUGACGUCCCUCGAGAUGCUCGUCCUCCACAGCAACAGGCUCAGGGGUGCCAUUCCGGAAUCGCUCAAGAACUUGGUGGAGCUGGAAACUCUGGCACUCUUUGGAAACCGGCUCAGGGACUUCAUUCCAGACGUGUUCGGCUCCUUGAAAAAACUCCAGUUCGCAACCUUGUCCGACAACCGGUUUAGAGGAGACAUCCCGACGUCGCUGGCUAGCCUGGACAAGCUUGUUUCUCUCGACGUCUCGCGGAAUGCAAUGUCCGGCCAGAUCCCGGAAGCGCUGGCUGGCAGCUCGGGCUUGUCCAACUUGGACUUCUCGGACAACCAGCUAUCCGGAGUGAUUCCUAUGAAGAUCAUGGCACUGCCGGAGCUCAGAUACUUCAACGUCUCCAACAAUCGUCUGCAUGGCCAGAUCCCGCAGGUUGGGAGGUUCUCGGCUUCGGCGUUUAUGGGAAACCCCGGCCUUUGCGACGCACCUCUUCCACCUUGCACUGCAUCAAGCGAAGAAAGCACCUAGUUUUACGUCUAAAAUUCACUUUGCCAGGUGUGUCGGGAGGUAUUGUUUACUUGCUUCGUGCUCACGUCGAUUCCAUUGUGCUUUACGUGACCAGCAUUAGGAUCCAACUGGAGCAUUUGCCGAGACGUCGGGCUUUUCGUAGCUGAAAACGACUUGAUUGCCACGGGGACUGGGACUGGAGGGAGGAACUUGGAUGUUCUUGGGCAGCCGGUUAAACGUGACGAGGUUCUCGUGAUCCAUCGUCCCGGCCUGGUCCCUGGCAAAGAUCGGCAUCACCAUCAAGCACCAGAGCAACAUCAAAACCCGAGGUACCAUCCUGAGAAGAACUCUGACGCUCUUUUCUCUGGAGAGGGAUGUUUUGUUUUUCUAGCAGCCGAGGUGGACGAAGGCAAUGUGUUUGCCGCAAUGGUUGAAAUUACGCGAUGGUGGUGAGUUUGUCAAUUCUAGUUUGCUAAAAUUCUUCUCUGGCGCUGUUGCUACGACCCGGCUUGGUUAGUGCUUUGUGCUCAAUACUUUUCAGAGUCUUUGCGAGACAAGACAAUGUGUUACACGCGUUGGCUCAGAUCUACAAAGUUGUCAAAUAGUUUUUUCUCUGGAUCCUUUGCAUUCUUUCUUCCAACUUUGAGAGUCUUCCUCCAAAGAAGUACCAAACCUUCUACUUCCAAAAACUCGUCUUCUUCGCUCGAGUAAUAAUAAGCUUUGUUUUCA